UAAGUGGAUUUUUGAAGAACUUAGAUCUAAAGGCUGAUAGUAUUCAGCAAAAAGAGCAUUUCAGGCGGCCUCUGAUGGAGCUGCUGUGCCUCACUCCACAGGACUUCGAGGCGGUGUGGAGGAUUGUGAGUCGGCGUGCUUUUGGGCGGGUGAACACCGCUGAUGUGAUGCGUGCUGUUACCAGGGAGAUGGGCGAGAAUAGAAAAGCCAUCUUCCUGAAGGAAGCAGGAAAGAUCACAAAGACUGUGUCCUGCGCUGAGUUUGAGGACUAUUAUGAGGGCCUGAGUAUUGAAAUCCCUGAUGAUGAAGAGUACAUCAACAAUAUGAGCGCUACAUGGAGUAUCUGAGAGGAUCUGCCUGGUUUAUAGAAUGACACUUUCUGAAUAUGAGUGAAAUACUGAGAUUUUUUUUUGUUUGUUAAUAGUGUUUGUCACUAUAUAUUACUCUUCAUAUUCAUAUUGUAUUAUUAGUAUGCAAUGUUGUAUAUUGCAUAACAUAGAGUACAAUUAGAAAGUUCAGGGUCAGUAAGAUUAAUACUUUUAUUCAGCAAGGAUUCAUUCAGUUAAUCAAAAGUGACAGUAAAGACAUUGAUGUUACAAAGGAUUUCUA